AUGGCCGUGAAAGUCACUACAGCCCUGAGCUUCUAUGCUUUAGGGUCAUUUCAGGCAAGCACUGGCAGCAUUUGUAGUGUUAGCCAGUUUGCUGUACACAGAUCCAUCAUAGAGGUUACAGAUGCUUUAUUUUGCAGGGCUGACAAUUUCAUUUGUUUUCCAAUAGAUGAACAACAUCAACAGCAAAGGGCCACACAUUCCUACAGGUUUGCUGGCUUUCCAAGAGUACAGGGUGUCAUUGACUGCAUGCGUGUUGCUAUUCGGGCACCUGUGCAUGAUGCAGUGACCUAUAUGAAUCAUAAGGGCUUUUAUUCCAUCAAUGUGCAGUUGGUUUGUGACUACCAGCACAGAAUUAUGCAGGUCAAUGCCCACUUCCCAGGAAGCUUACAUAGUGCAUUUAUUUUAAGGCAAUCCUCAGUGCCAGCAUUAUUUGAAGAAGAGGGAAGCAUGGGAGGUUGGCUGCUGGGUGACAAAGAGUACCCUCUCCAACCUUGGCUGAUGACCCCUUUGAAACAUCCAAGAACUGAAGCAGAGCAUAGGUACAAUGAAGCACACUCAAAAACAAGGAUAACAGUUGAAUGUACAAUUGGGAUUCUGAAGCAGCGCUUUCGAUGUCUAGAUCGUUCAAGGUGUGUCUUACAGUACAGUCCCCACAAGGUCUCAAGAAUGAUCAUGGCCUGUUGUAUCUUGCACAAUUUUGCUCUCCAAAGAGGCCUCACCAUGGAGGAUGAACAGAACGAAGAAUCUAUGGCAGAGCAAGAGUCUGACAGUGAUGAUGAAGAAUCAAUUGAAACACCAACAGUCCAACAAGGAAGAUUGAUGCGUCAGGCACUAAUACUUGAUGCCUUUGAGUAA